UCGACAGAUGAGCGACGACAUCCGUUUCCCAUACAAAACACUACAUUAUUCAAUCUCAUUUUAUAUCUAUUUAUCUACCUAAGUACAAAUAUUAAAAUUUGAUCUUUCUUCUCUGAUGAUCUUAGGAUUAUAUAAAAUAAAAGAUUAGUCAAACUUACAUUUAUAGUUUUAAUAAUGUUAAAAACAUUUCGCGGGGCAUGUAUAGCCAAUAUACAAUUUCAACAGGUUCGAUUUGCUCACAGAAUAAGAGGUAAAGCUCCUAUCUAUUGUAGAACUAUAAAGGAACGAUUAGAAGAAUUGAACUACAAAGAUGAAAUUUAUACAACAAGAAUAGAUAUAGGAUUCCCACGAACAAAAUUAUCAGCUGCUGAUUUACGUACAAAUAGAUUGGAUCAUAUUAAAAAAAUUAAAAGUGAUAAAAAUUUAGAACAAUUGGCUCGGAACCAUAAAUUGGAAAUUGAUCUUACAAAAGCAAGAAAUGAAUGGCUCAAAACUUCAGGACCAUACCAAAAGAAACAAAUAGCUGAUCACUAUGGUGUAUUUGAGCAUCUAUAUAGAGAAGGUUAUUUUAUACCAUUUGUGAAUUUAGAUAUUUAUUAUAAUUUAAAAGAUGGCUCCCUGUUACCAGUUUAUUCUGGAAAUGUAGUCAAACCAGCAGAAGCAAUUGAGUAUCCUAGUGUUGGUUUUGAAAGUGAUGGAAAGUCUUUAUGGACUUUGGCAUUAACAAGCUUGGAUGGCCAUUUAACAGAGGCUAAUAAAGAGUAUGUCCAUUGGUUAAUUGCUAAUAUACCAGGUGAUGCUGUGGAAAAGGGAGACACUAUAGUGGAAUAUUUACAGCCCUUUCCAUUGAAAGGAACUGGAUAUCACCGAUAUGUUUUUGUACUUUAUAAGCAAGGCAAAAGAGUAUCAUAUGAUUUACCAAAAGUAACCUCGUCAUCUCCACUAGAAGCCAGAACAUUUGUAACUAGAGAUUGGUAUGAAAAAUAUCAAGAUGACAUUACUCCAAUAGGAUUAGCAUUCUAUCAGACUGAUUGGGAUGACAGCGUUAAGGACUUCUUUCAUAAUAAAUUAAAUAUCAAGGAACCUAUUUACGAGUACGAUUUCCCAGAACCUUACAUAAGACCGCAAGAGUGGUUCCCUCGCCGUAAGCCCUUCAAUAUCUACAUGGACAAGUACCGUGAUCCGAAACAAAUAAAUAAAGAAUACUUGUUACGGAAGUUGAAAAAUGAAGAUCCCUUCAAGACACCACCACCUCCAUUAAAGUUCCCCAAUGCUCACCCAUUACCUAAAAGUAUGCCGUCUUGGUUGAAACUUCAUGAAAAGAAGAUUAGAUUAGGAUGGGGUAGAGUAAAUGAUGUAUAAUCACUUUUUAUUUGAAUAAAAAUGGAUUGUUAUAAA